AUGGCAUUCUUCAAAUUGACCCCGAAGCGACGGCUCAUGGUGACAAUUGGCAUAUCAUUCUCAUUCUUCGUUGCCGAGAUCGCCAUUGCCUUCCUUACCAAGUCGUUGGCCUUGUUAGCCGAUGCUUUCCAUUAUAUGAAUGAUUUGAUCGGAUUCAUCGUCGCCCUUGUGGCCAUAAUAAUUUCAGAGCAAAGCAAUUCUCCCCAAGACUUGUCUUUCGGCUGGGCCCGAGCCAGGCUUCUCGGAGCCUUCUUCAACGGCGUCUUCCUGUUCGCCUUGGGCAUCAGCAUCUUUCUCCAGUCUAUCGAGAGAUUCAUCUCGCUUGAGCAUGUCCAAAACCCCAAGCUGGUCCUCAUCAUGGGCUGCGUUGGUCUCGGCUUGAACUUGAUCAGUGCCGCGUUCCUGCAUGAGCACGAUCACGGUCCACCAGGGGGUGCAGACAGUCCUGUUCAGGAGCAUACUGUCAACGGCACCAAUGGGUCUGUUGAAGUUUGUUACAAGCUGCCUCGACCGCACGCCGAGCAUCGCCACAAUGUUGCCAAGCUUAAGAGUCCAGGCCACGACCUCGGCAUGCUUGGUGUCCUCAUUCAUGUCAUUGGAGAUGCAAUCAACAACAUUGGCGUCAUCAUCUCGGCACUCGUCAUCUGGUUGGCGGAUUAUGAUGCACGUUUCUAUGCGGAUCCAGGUACUAGUGUUGGGAUCGCCUUUAUGAUCCUCAUCUCCGCGAUCCCUCUCGUCAAGAAUAGCGGCACGAUCCUUCUCCAGAGUGCUCCGCGUGGUGUAAACAUGGAAGACGUCAAGCAUGACCUUGAAAAGAUCGACGGCAUCGAAUCCAUCCACGAGCUGCACAUCUGGCGGCUGGACCAGAAGAAGGCCAUCGCCUCUGCUCAUGUCGUCGUCGAGGACCAAUACAUCAGCAGUUUCAUGGACAAAGCCCGCACAGUGAGCGAGUGCCUGCACGCCUACGGCAUCCACUCUGCCACGCUUCAGCCCGAGGUGGCUGUAUCAUCUCAGAUUAUUGCUGCGGCUAGCCGCGAUGGGGAAAACGCCGACUCGUCCGCAACCGGCGUUGCCUCCAUAGCAUCCUCGCUACGCAGGCGGAGACUCGAAAGUACAGAGUGCCAGAUAUUAUGUGGCAGUCUCUGCGAGGAUCUCAUGUGUUGCAAGUGA